ACGGAGCAUUACGGUCAAAAAGAAUUGAGAACAGAGAUGGAGAAUUUUUUUAUAUUUAUAGAGGGCACGGAGCACAUUUGUGACCCGCCGACAUGUCUCGUUAAUGUGAGUGGACCAGCUAAAGCGCCAAUAUCAACCUUACCAUAUUUGGCGAGAUCCACCAAUAAUAAUAGCCUGGCACUUAGUCGGGUUGACGGCAACACCAAAGCGCUCAGACCACUUGCAGAGCAUAUCAAGAUCCUCAUUGAGGAGAGAUAUAGUAGAGUCUCAUCAGAACUGCAACGGCGGUAUAACUGUGCGGUGGAUAUGAAUUUUAUAUUUACGGUGUUCAUAAUAUUAACCCUUGGACUAUACGGAGAAUGCAAAUGGCAAAGCAAUGAAUAUUUUCAUCAUCAUCGGGUCAGAAGACCCGUCGCUAAUCAAGUGCCUUUUUAUGAUGAUAAGAAGGCUAGCAUCCCUGAUCCCCCUGACCACAAGAAACUGAUCCCAAUGGCCAGAUAUGUCUUGCACAAUACGAAUUGGGCAUCCAUAGCAACUAUAUCAAUUUUACCCAAUAUUAAAGGGUUUCCUUUCUCCAAUGUGAAAUCCAUCGUGGACGGCUCCCUGGCCAAUUCUACCGGGAUUCCGUACUUCUACAUGUCGCCCAUGGAUUUCACAGCUCGGGAUUUAGCAAGAAAUAGCCGCGCCACUGUCCUGGUAUCAUUAGAGGAAACCAACUACUGCGAAGAAAAAGGCAUCGAUCCGGAGGACCCUCGUUGCACUAGGUUGAUUCUAUCAGGGAAAAUGCGCAAGGUGAAAGAAGGAACUCCCGAGUAUACGUUUGCUAAAGCGGCGUUGUUUGAAAGGCACCCGGCUUUUGCUAAUUUCCCUCCAGACCACAACUGGUUCGUGGCAAAGCUGAAAAUCGCACAGAUCGCCAUGAUCGACUGGUUUGGAGGCGCCAAAUACAUACCGGUGAGGGAUUACUUGGCGUACAACUACACCGGAUUGGAAAUGCUCCAACACGCACAACAGACUCAAGUCACGAGCAUGACGUAG